GUUACCUUAGUCUUCCCACGAAGAAGACGAAGCGAGUUGAACCUCGUGAAGCGGGAAGUGGCAACUUGCUAAAAUGGACUGGUUGUCCCGUGUCAACAAAUGACGGUUCAAAUAUCAUUCUUCAAUUCAUAAGACUAUCAACAAAAAGCAUCAGUAGUACUUCCAUCAAUGAAUAAAUGGGGUCAAAGUGAGCUCCUGUCUCCUGUGGUCCGAGAUGACGUGGUGUCAGUCGCUGCGUGUCGAAGGAGUCGAAAAGUGUCGUUCCACUCAUCUGGCAACACCAGUCCCAUCGUUGCCACGGUAACGCCGGCCCGCUCCGGGCUGAGGAACACGCCCGCGUCACUCUUCAGACAAGCCGUGACUCCCAGGGUUCCAGACGUAUCUGCCAUUUUUACUCCCGCGGGCCGAACCUCGAACUCCACGCACACUCCAAGAAACUCAUUCGGCAGUCUGAAUUUGGAUGACAGUAGAUGGAGUAACAGCAUAUACCAGUCGCCUAGUUUGGAGAACAGCACCUUCUUUACGGAGGACGUCACCUUCCUCAGGUCAGCCCUGCUAAAGGACGACGACCCCGGAGAGGCCGCGGCCACCGGUCUUUUCCCAGAGUUCCUCGCCUCGUUUUUGAAACACUCCUCGUCUGCCGUCUUUGAGCUUCUGGAGGAUUACCAGACCCUCUGCCAGGACAAGGUGGAAGCGCUCCAGCCGCUGGUGCUGCGGGCGGGUCCGAACAGUAAGACGGCAGGCGUGCGGUGGCUCCUGCAGCAGGAGACAAACUCCUGGCGGCUCGUCUCCUCACUCUACAGGGAUCGCGUCCAACUGGCCCUGGAAGACGAAAUGAUUGUCGACGCUGCUAUUCCCAGCGAAAGCGAGAAGAUGGUGGUGAAGCAGCUUUUCCAGCACGACGCCGUCGUACGUCAAAGUCAGCUGGUCGUGGAUUGGCUGGAGAGCAUCGCCAAGGAUCAGAUGGGAGACUUUUCAGACAACAUUGAAUAUUAUGCUAAAAAUGUCUGCUGGGAGAAUACGCUGCACUCACUGAAGCUGAGAAGCAAGAGCACCAACGUCUUCACCGUCCCUCUGGUCACUGAGCUGGACCCGGACGCACCCCUCCGCCAGCAGCGCCCCCUUGUGGACCUGGACCGGGAAGACGACGUCCGCCUGCUGAAGAACCUGUUCACGCUCAUCCGGGCCGGCAUGACCGAGGAGGCUCAGAGGCUGUGCACGCGCUGCGGUCAGGCCUGGAGAGCAGCCACCCUGGAAGGCUGGAAGCUCUAUCAUGACCCCAACAUCAACUCAGGUAGCGUGGAGCUGCAGCCGGUUGAAGGAAAUCCUCAACGAGGCAUCUGGAAGGCCUGCACCUGGAGGAUGGCCGAGGAGGAGCAGAUCAACAGAUAUGAGCGGGCCAUCUAUGCUAGCCUAAGUGGAAAUCUGAAACCAGUUUUGGCUGUGUGUGAGUCGUGGGAGGACUGCGUGUGGGCGUACUUCCGGGUGAUGGUGGACACGCUGGUGGAAAAACAUCUGAUGUCGUUGGGUAUGGCCCACGAGGAAGUGGAGAUGCUGCCGCGGGAAUACCUGGAAGCCAACUGGACGAUGGAAAAGGUGUUUGAGGAGCUCCAAGCGUCAGAGUCAAAGAGGGUGCUUGAGGAGACGCAAGAACACUAUCAUGUCAUUCAGAAGUUUAUCAUCCUGGGAGACCUGGACGGUCUUCUGGAGGAAUUUGGGGAUUGGCUGACAGCGUCCAAGGCGCUUCCGUCGCACCUGCUGCGCUUUAUGAGUCACCUGCUGCUGUUCUUCCGCUCCCUGGGUUUGACCCUGAAGGAGGACGUGUGCGUGGACGUGCUGAAGGCGUACGUGACCCUGCUCAUCCGCGACCAGCGCACGGACCUGGUGGCGAGCUACGUCAGCCAGCUGCCGGCCGACCUGGCCACGGCUCAGUACGCCGCCUUCCUGGAGACCGUCAGCCAGCCGGAGCUGCGUCCCCUCUGCUUGCAGCUCGCCACGGAGGCCGGUUUGGAUGUGGCUGCCGUCACCAAACUGGUGGUGGAGACGGUGGGAGACAGAGAAGACGCCGACUUCACGCACCACAGGCAGACUUUGGAAAUCGGAACCACAAAGGACGACCAGAAGAAGAUCGACGUGAUCGACUGGCUUUUGUUUGACCCCGCCCACCGGGCUGAAGCCCUGAAGCAGUCCAACGCAAUCAUGAGAAGAUUUCUGGCUCUGGAGAAACACGACGCGGCCAAGGCGGUCUUCUCGAAAGUUCCCGAGGAUUCCAUGCGAGAAAUCUACUGCCAGACGUCGCCUCUACCCGCCGAAGAUAACAACGCAAUAAGAGAGCAUCUGUGCAUCAGAGCCUACCUGGAAGCCCACGAAGCCUUCACGGACUGGUUCAGCCACAGCAGUUCCGCCCCCAAGAAGCCAACGCCUGCACCGGAAGUGAAAUUCACGGAGCAAGUAGCCAAUGAGAUGAGAGAGAAAGAGUACCAGGCCGCACUGUCCGCCUGGUCGGCCCGCUUGGACGUCCUGACCGAAGACGUGAAGGAAAGAAUUUACAACGUGCUGCUGUUUGUGGACGGCGGGUGGAUGGUGGACAACGUGCAGGAUUCCGAACAGGAUGCGGCGCGCAGCCACCAAAUGUUGGUGCUACGCUCGCUGUGUCUGCCCCGCCUCAGCUUCCUGCUGCUUAGCGUGCUGCAGAGCUCCUCCAGACACCAGGAGGCGCUACGGCUCGCCGACAUCAUCUCCGCCGACCAUCACGGCCUCUACAAGGUGUUUUCUAAAGACGAGCUGAGACGAUUUCUUCAGAAGUUGAGGGAGUCGUCCCUGUCGCUAUUGGACCAAGGACUCGACCCGCUCGGCUACGAGUUACAGCCGUGAGGGCCCUUGGAUUGUUUUGUUUGUUCAUAUUUUCUGAAUAAAAAAAAAUCUGUUUUGCAACAA